CUUUGUUUUUUUAUGCCAUUCUUGAAACUCCAAGUUUGCUAUAUUAGAGAUUAGGGCCUCUCUUUCUAUAUCCAUCCAUUUUCCCUUUUCUCUUCCUUCCUUCCUUCUGCAUUUGCAUUUGGGGCUUUCUCUCUCUCUCUCUCAAGAUUCAAUAAUGAGUGCUUCAAAAUUCAUCAAAUGUGUGACUGUGGGAGAUGGAGCUGUUGGCAAAACCUGCAUGCUCAUUUGCUACACCAGCAACAAAUUCCCUACUGAUUAUAUUCCAACAGUGUUUGACAAUUUUAGUGCUAAUGUGGCUGUUGAUGGCAGCAUUGUCAACUUAGGCCUCUGGGAUACUGCAGGGCAAGAAGAUUACAGCAGGUUGAGGCCCCUGAGUUACAGAGGCGCAGACAUAUUUGUUUUGGCCUUCUCUUUAAUCAGUAGGGCUAGCUAUGAAAAUGUCCUCAAGAAGUGGAUGCCUGAACUUCGUAGAUUUGCCCCUAAUGUUCCAAUUGUGCUUGUUGGAACAAAGUUAGAUCUGAGGGAUGACAGGGGUUAUCUUGGUGAUCAUAUGGGAUCCAACAUUAUCACCACAGCCCAAGGAGAGGAGCUGAGGAAACAGAUUGGUGCAGCAGCUUAUAUAGAAUGCAGCUCCAAGACUCAACAGAAUGUGAAGGGUGUGUUUGAUACUGCAAUCAAAGUUGUGCUUCAACCUCCGCGCAGAAAGGAAGUGGCGUCACGCAAGAAGCGACACAGUAGUGGCUGCUCAAUUGUGAGAGGUAUUGUUUGUGGAGGCUGCGUCGCCUAAUGAUGCAGGCAGCUGUGGUGCAAAAUGUAACAAUGUUUGGUAGUGUUACUCAUGGGGGAACUGUUCAUUCUCUCAUGGUAUUGUAGUAGUCUAUGAUUUAUGUUAUACUACUACUUCUGUUGUGUUGUGUGAUUCAAUUCAAUAUUUUGUUUUGAUUUUA